UUUAGUUUUAGGGAAAUAACAGAGAAGUUUACACCCCAUAAAGUUGGAAAUGGCAGAACCAAUCUCUGAGGUGAGAUGUGAAGACUCUGAGCAGAGAAACGUCAGCGAGACUAAUCCAGAAGAGGAGGAAAAGUGUGCGACAGAGGAUCCAAAGAGGACGUGGGAGAUCCCGUCUCUCGAGGAGCUGGAGGAGGUUUUACAUUCAGCUCCUCGCUCCUCGCCGAACCUGUAUCUGGGGGACAUGUUUAUGUUUCAUGACAAGCUCGGGCUCUGGCAGCUGGGCAUCACUCAUGUGCUGAACGCGACGCAUGGGAAACUGUGCUGUAAGGGCAGUGAUGACUUCUAUGGAACCACCGUGAAAUACUACGGCGUCCCAGCAAACGGCCUGCCAACAUUUGACCUGUCACCUUUUUUCUACCCUGCUGCUGAGUUCAUCCACCACGCUUUGACACCAGGAGGUAUUGGGUGCAACAUUUACUCUUUUUGUCCUACAGGGGUAUCACACUUCUCAGCCUCCCUGGUAAAGAGCCAGUUGAGGUGGUUCGGGCAUCUAGUAAGGAUGCCACCUGGGCGCCUCCCUACACACUGUGUGCAACAGAAACGCUGGAUUUUCCCAAACAGAGGCUUCCAGCGACAGCUUAUAGCCCUGGACCGAAAACUUCAGGACGAAGGGUUGAAUGAGCCAAAAUAAAACAAAGUGAGGAGCAACCCUACGUUAUGAAUACAAGGA